AUGGCGGCCCGAGCGCUGUGCCGGCCACGUGGGGCGCAGGCCGCAAGUAGUACGGGGGCGUGUGGCCGCGCGCUGCCUGCCCCCCCCCGCGGCGCGGCGGGAGGGCGGCGGGGCCGGGCCGGGCGGGGCCGCCCGCGUUGCCGGGUUACCCGCGGGCUGAGCGGCCCCGCAGCCAAUGGCGGCGCAGCGGGGGCGGGCGCCGUGACGGCUGCGGGUCGGCGGUGGCCGGGAGGGCUCAGUCCGGCCGGCCGCCCCUGCAGCAUGGUGGCUGCCGCCGCGCUCCCGGCCGCCGGCCUCCUGUACUGGGUGGGCGCGCUGGGCGCGCUGUACGCGGCGGCGCUGGGCUCGUACCGCCUGCUGGCCGGGCUGCGUGUCUGGCUGCUGGGCAGCGCCGCCGCGGGGCCCGCGCUGGGCGCCUGGGCAGUGGUCACGGGAUCUACUGAUGGGAUUGGAAAAGCCUAUGCAGAAGAGUUAGCAAGACGUGGAAUGAAGGUGGCUCUAAUCAGUAGGUCUAAAGAAAAACUGGACCAGGUUGCUAGUGAAAUAAAGGAAAAGUACAAGGUGGAAACAAAAGUCAUUGUCGCAGACUUUGGAGAGAGAGAAGAUAUUUACAGUAGAAUCAAAGCGGGAUUGGAAGGCCUGGAGAUUGGUGUUUUAGUGAACAAUGUGGGAAUAUCAUAUGCUUAUCCUGAAUAUUUUCUUGAUGUUCCAGAACUGGAUAAAACAAUAGACAAAAUGAUCAACAUUAAUAUCAUGUCUGUUUGUAAGAUGACACGAUUGGUGCUGCCCGGCAUGCUGGAAAGAUCAAAAGGAGUAAUCCUGAAUAUUGCCUCAGCUGCGGGGAUGUAUCCAACUCCACUGCUAACUCUUUACUCUGCAACCAAGGCUUUUGUGGAUUACUUCUCCCGAGGCCUCCACGCAGAAUACAAGAGUAAGGGCAUCAUUGUGCAGAGUGUUCUACCAUAUUACGUGGCAACAAAAAUGUCCAAAAUCCGCAAGCCGACCUUCGAUAAGCCCAGUCCUGAAACCUAUGUCAGAGCUGCCUUGGGCACGGUAGGCCUGCAGUCCCAGACCAAUGGGUGCUUGCCCCAUGCACUCAUGGGAUGGAUCUUCUCUUUUCUACCUACACCUGCUGUCAUUAAUUUUCUCAUGAAAAUGAACAAACAAAUACGGGCUCGUUAUUUGAAAAAAAUGAAGGAGCACUAAGCUGGAGGCAACUUGAUCUCAGAAACCUGAAACUCUUGUAGGUUCCAUACCCGUGCUGAAGCAUCAACUAGACCUAAUGUUUCAAACAUCUGCAAUCGUAGGUGUACUUUAUAGCAAGCAAAGUUCAUGUUCUGAGGAUAGAGGUGAAACGGGACUGUUAGCUUCUAAUACUGAUUUUAAAAUAGGCUUUAUUUGCUUAUAGAUAUUAUUGGGGGUGGGAAGUGCUUUGGACUAAAAUUGCAAUGUGCUUCAAGAAGUACUUACAUGGACUUGGUCAGACUGUUGCACUGUUGAGUAACAGCUUGGUUAUAUAGUGUCCAUCACAUCUUUGUAUUCUGCACAUAGGCAAAGGGCAGACAAAUGGUGAUUCUUAUAUAUUCCUGGACAGGUUGGGAGGAGUGGGAAGGGAGCAUAUUUAUUUCAAAAGGUGACCUAGUACUUUUGACAGAGUGUAACUUUUGCCCAGCUUAGAUUUUGGGUACUUGCAGAGAUUCUGUAUUGUCAGCCAGCUCACAAGUGCUCCCCUGCUUGCAUGGUCCAGUGUGGUUUUUAGUUAUGAACUUGAGGGAAAUGAGCCAAAACCCAAAAUGAGUGUAAUUGCUCAUCUAUAAAUAUAUACAUAAAGUAACACUGCAAAAACAAUUUAAAUUCUUGGUUCUUGAGUGUGGAUUCUAACUUUUCAGUAAUAUGUAAUCUUUAUGACUUGUAAUAACAUUUUUUAAAAGUUCAGUGCCUGCUCUUUGUAAUAGGUGGUGAUUACACAAUGUAGAUAAAUGUCACAAGUUAUGUGUUAUGUACUGGUUGCUAUGUAAAAGAUUCUGGGCACUUUAAACACAGAGCUUGAAAUGAGUUAUUCUCCUUGUCCGCAAUGAUUUUUAAAUUCUUUUUGAAAUGUGUGUCAGUCUGUCUUUUUGGUGAGGCCCUUUGAAAUGUGAAUCCUGAGUAUUUGAAACAGCUUUAAAAAUGAGAACUUCUCCAAAUGUAGAACAUUUUAAAUUUAAUUUAAUUUAAAUUGAACUGUGUUAAAAUUAGCUGGUUUGUUUCGAGGUUCUGUUUCAAACUGGAAACUCCAGCUCCUGGGAAUCAGAGUAUACAAGAAGCCUGCACUCUGUUGUUUCUAUUUGUUUACUCAGGAGGUAAAGAUUUUGGUAUGUAAUAUUCUUUUUUAUAAACAUAAAAUAUAUUGAAACUUAGAAUGCAAAUCAAAUUGCAAGCAGCUACCAAUGUUUUUUGUGGUGACUUCCUGAAGUUGAAGAGUAGAGGUUGUUUUCUGUCCUUGAAAUAAUAAUUUCAAGCUCUGAUUUUGAAGUAAAAUAUGUUCUACUGAGACAUGAUUUGGGGCUAACAUUUCUGUACAUUGAAAAAACCUGAAUACCGAUGCAAUGGUGCUGAUCAAAAAUGAGAUGCAGAUCCUAUCCCAUAGUUUUCUUAAUUUUUUGGGACAGGGAUGUUGAAGUCAGUGGUAUAAAGUUCUGUUAAGAGCACAUGCCUUGGUUUGCUCUGGAUCUGAUGUGGAAACGUUGGACUAAACAGUCUGGAUGUUUUUGACUUUGUAAAACCAAUAAAAAGGAAUUUACUCUGAA